AUGAAUAAAAUGUACCUAUCUAGAUUUGUCACCCCCGCGCUGUUCGCCCUGUUGACCAUACAGUCACUGGAUUGGGCUCGCCCGUCGGAAUUAAACCCAUCAUGGGAGUCACAACCAGGGAGUAGCUACCUCGCAAGACAGUUGGCCGAAACGGCGGCGCGCCGAAAGAAGAACGUUUCUUCGGUAAGAAGUUUAAAGAAAAGGGACAACAUCAAAAUAGCAGAUGAAAAUGGAAUAAACGCCACAGAAAACGAUAAGCACGUCAAGGAUGAAAAAGCCGAAGUUAUCGAAAGAAAAAUCAAAUUGCAAUUCGGUGUUAAAGAGUCAGACGUUUCCCAAGAUUUAUCAAAGGCAGAAAUUGACAAGAUGCUAAAUUCCUUUGGACAAAUUUUAAGCCAGAGACAGCAAUAUAUUAUAUUUCACCAGCACACUAAAUACCUGAAUAAAAUUUACAACGAAAUGACGGAUAAAAUGUGGGGCCUGGCUGAAAAAAUGGCAUUCAAAUACCGAGUUCCUCAUGAAGCUAUGGUGAGAUAUUGGUACAAGUGUGAAAAUGGCUUGAAAAAUGAUUUAAAUUUGAUGAAUAAUUUUGCCUAUAAAAAUUUUUACUCCUACAUCCAGAAAAAGCCCAGUCAACCCGCCAUCAAAUUUAAACUUUUUUUGUCCCUCCACGAUUUUUCUUGGAAUAAAGAAAUGAAUGAAAAUGAGCAAAAGUGGGUACAGAAACUUGCCCAGAAGAUGCAAAAUUAUAAAAACAAGGGAGAUAAGCAGCACAUGAAGUGA